UUAGUACAGGAGAUUUGAUUGGUUCUUGGCGCUUUAAUGCAAAUAUGAAAAAUGUAAACAAGACAUUAUCAUGAUAUUGUCAACUUCAAAUAAUUGUCAAUGAAGGAAAUUGAAAAACAAUUAACAGGAUAAAGAUGGAACAAGUCAAAGACUUCAUUGUAAAGCCUACAGAUAUAGAAGAUUUUGAUUUCAUAAAGCCUAUCAGUAGAGGAGCGUUUGGGAAAGUUUUCCUAGGAUGUAAAAAGAUUGACAGAAAUAAAAUUUAUGCGAUCAAAGUUAUGAAAAAGGCAGACAUGGUACAGAAAAAUCUAGGGGAUCAAGUUUUGGCAGAAAGAGAUGCAAUGGCCCAGGCCACCAGUCCAUUUAUUGUACACUUGUUUUACUCAUUACAGUCAAAACAGAAUAUCUAUUUAGUUAUGGAAUACUUGAUAGGUGGUGAUGUAAAAAGUUUACUUGGAAUCUAUGGAUUUUUUGACGAGGAUAUGGCCAUGUUGCUUGCAGCUGAAGUAACAUUAGCAUUAGAAUAUCUUAAUUCCAGAGGCAUAAUACAUAGAGAUCUUAAACCAGACAAUAUGUUGAUUGACAGGAAAGGUCACAUAAAGCUGACAGAUUUUGGAUUGUCAAAAGUUAAUCUUGAUGUUGAUAAAAUUGGAAUUGAUGUAACCAAGACCCCAUUACCUACUAACUACAAGAGUAGGAGAGACUACUACAGAACUCCAGGUCAAAUACUAUCAUUAAAGAGUAACCUGGGAUUUAGUUCUCAACAGACACCAGUUAGAUCUAGUGUCAGUAGUCUGGAUACACCUGCGUCUUACAACAACAGAAGAAAUCAUCUUAAUGAUAUCAGACAUUCUCCAUUGAUUUCAAAGAAACGUUUGAGUAUACGAGAUAGAUUAGUGAGCUCAGCUCGUAGAUCAUCCUUAGCUAGACUAACUCCACCUGUCAAAAGUCUGACACCUACACUACAAGAAUCGUUGAAUUGGUCAACCCAUGCAAGCAGUGAUAUAUCUUUUAGUAGAAAGGAAUCGUCAAGACUUUCAAGUAUAAUUAGUGAGGGGAAAUCAAAAGGAUCGUUUCGAGACUUGAAACGUCAGCCAUUAUCUUUGUCCCAUAUUCUAAACAACUCUUCUAUAGCAGAAACUAGUGACGAUAGUGUAUUUAAUUCCAGUGUCAGUAUUAACAUAUCUUGUGUUAGUGAUAGCAGUAUUGAGGAAGUUUUUCAUACUUGUAUGAAGGAAAAUACAGAGAAUUGUGCUUGUCAAAGUCAUCUUAAAAUACCAUCCAGGCAAGAGAGUGAGUUAGAUGAUACACCACAAAUGCAUAGGACAGAUGAAGCUGUAUGGAACUCUUAUGCUGCUAGAAAUCUAAGAUCUAUGAGAUACGGUUCCUAUUCUGAGGAUAGUGAUGAUAGCGAAGGAAAUAAUCAUAAAAACGCAGCAAAUACAGAUGUGAAGAAAGAAACGGAGCCAGAAAUAUCAUUAAAAAAAGAAUUGGAAGAUGCAAAUCAGUCAAGUAAUGCUGAAAGUAGUUUUUAUAGCUAUCAUUCUGACAAUGAAAAUGGAGACAUAGAACAUAUUCAAAUUCAGGAAAAGAAAACAUUAAGCAGAAAACGAUCUUUUGUGUGUUUAGAUAAAAGUCCAUGUUUGAAACAUUCAUCUUCUAAUUCUGGAUUGACACAAGAAAUUAAUAUAUUAUCUUUGUAUGGUGAUGAACAUCGUUUUAAAAGAUCUAAUUCUGGGAAUUCAGAGAUUCUUGCCAUAGCAGAAAUGAGACAGUGUGAAAGUGAUAGUCAGAAUUAUCGUGAUUUUGCUGGUUUUACUGGAGAGCAUAUGCAUUCAAGUUUUCAUAAAAAAACGGACAGCUGUGAUAAUAGAAAUGGCGACCCAAAUUGUUCUGAAACUAACAAUGAUAGUCAUGUUUUAGAACACAUGCAUGUAGAUAGCCUUGAUACUAUGGAUGUGCAAGAAGACAAAUCACCACAUGCAAUAUUUAGUAUUUCUGUAAGCUCAGAUAGCUCUGAUGAGGAUGAUGAAGAAUUAAAUGUAAAUGAUUCAAAGACCAAAGAGAAGACAGAAAUAUUAAAGAAGACAACCCCAGUGAAGAUGACAAGGUUCUGUAGUACAAACAAAUUCUUAUCAGAUAACAGAUCAUUUAGCUCUUUCAAAUUCAGCUCUGGUAAUUCUGGAGUUCCAUGUACCCCUGAAUCGAAUGGUAAACAAAAGAUGCAACAAACCCCAUUGUUUAAGACUCCUGGCAAUUGUAUGAGUACACCAGGUAUGCUUAAGACACCUGGACAGCUUAGGACACCUGCAGCAGGUCUGCUUAAGACACCAUACAGGACACCAAAGAGUGUAAGGCGUGGACGACCUCCUUGUACAGAAAGGAUACUUGGUACACCAGACUACUUAGCUCCAGAAAUAUUAAAACAGGAACCACAUGGUAAACCAGUCGACUGGUGGGCUCUUGGAGUCUGUUUGUUUGAGUUUUUAACAGGUGUUCCCCCAUUUAAUGAUGAGACACCAGAUCUAGUUUUCCGUAAUAUAUUAAGUAGAGACGUUCCUUGGCCAGAUGAAGAUGAGGCUAUGUCUGAACAUGCCCAUCAGGCUAUUGAUAAUUUAUUAACAAUGGACCCAAGGAAAAGACCUACUGCUGAAGAUGUGAAAAAGAUGGCAUAUUUCAGAGAUUUAGAUUGGAAUAACUUGUUAGAAAUGGAACCAGCAUUUGUACCCCAACCUGAGGAUGAAACAGAUACCACUUAUUUUGAAGCAAGAAAUACCAUGCAGCAUCUAGUUGUUUCUGGUGUGGAUUUCUGAAGAAAAUGAAUGUUUUGAUGUUUCGAAUCUCAACAUGGCAGAAAACUUACAAAGGAAUCUAUAGAUACCAGAUCUUUUACAAAAUGACUUUUCAUCAUAUCCAUCAUUUAGCUAGCUUAUGUGAUAUACACAAUAUUGCCAAUUAUUUUUAACAACAUUGUCUUUCAUGUUAUAAUUAUUUUGUUUGUGAUAAACUUUGCUAGUAUAUAGCAUGUAUAGGUAUGUAACUCUGGUUAUGGUGGCAUUUGUAAGUUUAAAAGCUGUUCAAUCUAGUAUUAAAUACAUGCAUUUAUAAGAUGCCUUGUACUCUUCUGUUCAGGUUGCACAUGUGGUCUGUCACCCUUACUUUAUUGAUUAUGUAACUUCAUAAGUUUUUAUGAUAUUAAUUUCAUUUAUCAAAAUGUAAAUUCUUUAACCGAUAGUGUUUUAGUAUGUACGCAGUGGCAUUCCAUGCUUAAGACACAUGACCUUUAUACUUGAACUUGACCUCAUUUUCAUGGUCCACUUCCCACAAACAUGCUUCAAGAUUGGGUUUUCAAUUGCUAUAACUGUUAAGAUAGAAUUUAACUAUAUUGCAUUUAGAUUUUUUUGUAAGAUGGUCAUGAUUUGUCUUAUUAUAUCAUUGGACCCUUGGCACACUUCUUUCGAUUGGCUUAAAAAAUAAAAGCCAUUUCUGCCUAUGAUUCUGAGGUAGUAUGAGCCUGAAAAUGUUUGACAUAGGCUAUUAAGAUAUCUUCAACCAUUCAAAGUUUGCUUUUAUUUGAAUGGAAAAGACUUUUUACACUGACUAUUGCUUAUUAUCAUUAAAAUUGUCCCCAGUCCUUAUGUAUGUAUACCGUUUAUGAUACCUUUGAAGAGUUGCCCAAACUGAUUUCCAAAUGUAGUUCACCUUAAGCCUGAAAGUGUCAUGAAGGGCUGUCCAAUUGUUCUUUUUAAUGUGAUGGUCCUAGAUUUCUGUAAAAUAACUGUCUGGCCAGUUAGAUUCCCAUUAACAUUUUAAACAAUGUACGUGUGUCAUUAUAGUCCUUAUGAAUUUCCUAUGAUUCAUUCUAGUGGACCCACUGAGCAGAAACUCUCAAAAAGAUUAAUUGUGUAUUAAGUUGUUCUUGUAUUUAUAAAUAUGGAUGCAAUUUACUUUUGCAACCUGAAAUACACCAGUCAAUUAGUAUCUUAUUGAUGGGAGAUGAUGAUGUCAAAAUAUGAAAUAUAAAGAAUAUAUUGUUUUAGGAGUUAUACAUCAAUAUUGUAUGUAAUUUUAAAGUUUUUGAUAUUAUUUUUAUCCAGCUUUGCAAAAGCUGUAGUAAUUUCUAGUCAGCAUAAUAGCUUGCAAAAUAUUUAUGCCUGUAUUUCUGUUUUUGUAUUUAAAAUCUUUAUGAAUCAUGUAAAGUUGUCUAUUACAAUAAACGUCAGAAGAUUUUGUUUGCAUAGGCACUGGUAAUUU